GUCUGUAACAGUGAGCGGUCAUAUUUCGCUUGAAAUCUAGGCAAGCGCUAUUGCAGAGAUUUUCUUCAGUGUGCUGGACUGGACUACAACCAAACCACUGGAAUACAUUAAGGAUCCAGUUUAACAAAAUGAGCACCGGUAAGAGAAUGGAAGAUGAGGCGGUGGUGGACAGAGGGGCUUCGUUACUCAAACACUUAUGUGAUGAAGAAGAGGUUGAAGGUCACCAUACCAUAUACAUCGGCGUGCAUGUGCCCAAGAGCUACCGGCGACGGAGACGUCAUCGCAGACGCACCGGUCACAAGGACAGAAAGGAGAAAGUGAACGAAAAUGCUUCGGACAGGUCGGACGCUGAGAACAAUGAGGAGGCCAGCAAUAGCAUCCUCAAACCACUCAUCUCACCUGCGGCCGAGCGCAUCCGAUUCAUUCUGGGAGAGGACGAUGAUAGCCCAGCGCCCCCUCAGCUUUUCACAGAGCUGGAUGAGCUGCUGUCUGUUGAUGGCCAAGAAAUGGAGUGGAAGGAAACUGCCAGGUGGAUCAAGUUCGAAGAGAAGGUGGAAAAAGGUGGAGAGCGAUGGAGUAAACCACAUGUGGCCACUCUGUCCCUACACAGUCUCUUUGAGCUAAGGACAUGUAUAGAGAAAGGCACCGUCAUGUUGGACCUAGAGGCCUCCACUUUGCCAGGGGUUGUUGAAAUGAUCACUGACAGUCAGAUUGAGACCGGUCAAUUGAAAGCUGACCUGAAAGAUAAGGUCAUGUACACCUUGCUGAGGAAGCAUCGUCACCAGACCAAGAAGUCCAAUCUUCGCUCACUAGCUGACAUUGGCAAGACUGUCUCGAGUGCAAGUAGGCUGUUUUCCACACCGGAUAAUGGUAGCCCAACCACCGCACAUAGGAACUUGACAUCAAGCAGCCUCAACGAUAUUUCCGACAAACCAGAAAAAGAUCAGCUGAAGAACAAGUUUAUGAAGAAGCUACCUAGAGAUGCUGAGGCCUCCAAUGUUCUUGUUGGUGAAGUGGACUUCCUAGACAGUCCUUUUGUGGCCUUUGUAAGGCUGCAGCAGGCUGUCAUGUUGGGGGCGCUGACCGAAGUGCCUGUGCCCACCAGAUUUCUAUUUAUUCUUCUUGGGCCCAAAGGCAAAGCCAAGUCAUAUCAUGAAAUUGGUAGAGCAAUCGCAACCCUGAUGUCUGAUGAGGUCUUCCACGAAAUUGCGUACAAAGCCAAGGACAGACAAGAUCUCCUCGCUGGCAUAGAUGAGUUCUUGGAUGAGGUCAUCGUCCUCCCUCCAGGAGAAUGGGACCCUGCCAUUCGAAUAGAGCCUCCCAAGUCCUUGCCAUCUUCAGAUAAAAGGAAGAACAUGUAUGCUGGAGGGGACAGCACACAGAUGAAUGGAGACAUGCCUCACAGCGAUGGACAUGGGGGCGGUGGGCACGCAGUAGUCGAUGAGCUGAAAAAGACUGGGAGAUUUUGUGGAGGCCUUAUUCUUGAUAUUAAAAGAAAAGCACCUUUCUUUGCAAGUGAUUUCUAUGAUGCACUACACAUCCAGUCUUUGUCUGCGAUCCUUUUCAUCUACCUGGGAACGGUAACCAAUGCCAUCACAUUUGGAGGACUGCUAGGGGACGCCACAGAAAACAUGCAGGGUGUGCUGGAGAGCUUUCUGGGUACUGCAGUGACUGGAGCUGUUUUCUGUCUCCUGGCUGGACAGCCUUUGACCAUCCUCAGUAGUACAGGGCCGGUGCUAGUGUUUGAACGACUACUCUUCAACUUCAGCAGGGAAAACGAUUUUGACUACCUAGAAUUCCGUCUAUGGAUUGGCUUGUGGUCGGCUUUCUAUUGCCUGGUCCUCGUGGCUACUGAUGCCAGCUUCCUGGUGCAGUAUUUCACUCGGUUUACAGAGGAGGGCUUCUCCUCUCUCAUCAGCUUCAUCUUCAUCUACGAUGCUUUCAAAAAGAUGCUGAAUUUAUCCCAUUAUUACCCAAUCAACUCGGACUACAAAGUCAACUAUGUCACACAGUAUGACUGCAUGUGUAUGGCGCCCACUGAAGUUAAUACAUCGGAUGUGUAUACUGAUCCGUUUGAUCCAACACUAGCCUGGACUGUAAAUUACACCGAUACACGUUUAAAUGCUAGCUGGUCAUCCCUGACAAAGAAGGAAUGCCUGAAAUAUGGAGGGGAGUUGGUGGGAAAAGCCUGUGACUUUGUGCCUGACAUCACCCUCAUCUCCUUCAUUCUCUUCUUUGGCACCUACACCUGCUCCAUGUGUCUAAAGAAAUUUAAGACUAGCCCUUACUUUCCUACUACUGUGAGAAAGCUCAUAAGUGACUUUGCCAUUAUUUUGGCCAUUUUAAUCUUUUGUGGUGUUGAUGCUCUUGUUGGGGUUGAAACACCAAAGCUCAUAGUGCCAACUGAAUUUAAGCCAACAAGCCCACACCGCGGCUGGUUUGUGCCACCGUUCGGAGGUAACCCCUGGUGGGUGUAUCUGGCAGCUGCUCUACCUGCCCUGCUGGUCACCAUCCUGCUCUUCAUGGAUCAGCAGAUCACCGCUGUCAUCGUCAAUCGCAAGGAGCACAAGCUCAAGGUAGACCUGUGAUUUUCUCCCAAACCU